CAGUCAUGGGAUGUGGCGUCACCAAGUCCAACCAGUUCCAAAGACACGCGGUCAAAGGCGUCACGUCGAUAAGGGCCGCCGUGCUGAUCCAGCAGUGGUACCGUCAGUAUGUGGCCCGCAUGGAGAUGAGGAGGAGGUACACCUGGCACAUCUUCCAGUCCAUCGAGUACUCGGGAGAGCAGGCUCAGAUCAAGCUGUACAACUUCCUGGGCUACCUCAUGGACAACUUCACACCGUCCAGCGACGAACGAAAGCUGAUCUCGCACAUCUUCCGGGAGAACGAGGUGUGCCGCGACGCCGAGUGGGAGCGCUACUUCUGCUACAAGAACAUCGAGGUGCCCGACAUCUACUCGGGGCCGCGCCUGCGCUUCCCUCUGACCGCCGAGCAGGCCGUCGGCCUGCUGGAAGCCUUCAGGAACAAGAAGCAGCUGCACUCGCGCUACGUCCUGCAGCUCCUCCUGGAGACCUGGAAGCUGUUGCGCAUGUUGCCCAACAUCAGCCGCAUCGCCACCUGCCACAGCAAAGAAAUCACCAUUUGCGGCGAUUUGCACGGGCAGCUGGAAGACCUGCUGUUGAUUUUCUACAAGAACGGGCCGCCGUCCCUGGAGAAGCCGUACGUCUUCAACGGGGACUUUGUGGACCGAGGCAAGGACUCCAUGGAGAUCCUCCUCAUCCUCUUCGCCUUCCUGCUGGUCUACCCCACCGAGGUGCACCUCAACCGAGGCAACCACGAGGACCACAUCAUCAACCUGAGGUACGGCUUCACCAAGGAAGUGUUGAGCAAAUACAAGAUGCACGGCAAACGCAUCCUGAAGCUGCUCCAGAAGAUCUUCAGCUGGCUCCCGCUGGCGGCGGUGAUCGACCAGAAAGUUCUGGUCCUGCACGGCGGCAUCUCGGACUCCACGCGUCUUUCUGUGCAGUACGUUUCGGCGCUUCGGCCCCCCAAGAAGCGGCGGCGGCAGCGGAGCUCCGCCGGCGCGUCCGUCGACUCGGACGCGGAGGACGACUGGGCCAAUCACAGGCUCUUGCGGCGGCGGGCUUCCCUGGCCUGCCCCAAGCCCGUCAUCAGCCGCGACGGCUUCCUCAACCGCUCCCUGCGGGACUUUUCCGAUCGGAUCAAGGUCGGCGCCGAGGACGAGCCCGAGCGUUUGGGGAGCGCCGGCGCCGAAGGAGAAGCCCGCGCCUCCCUUGACUCGGUCGGGAGCGACGGCGCCAAGGAGGAGUGGAAGCAGAUCCUGGACCUGCUGUGGAGCGACCCCAUGUCGCAAGACGGCUGCAUCCCCAACGAGCUGAGGGGCGGCGGAUGCUACUGGGGCCCCGACGUCACCCGCGACUUCUUGAGCAAGCACAACUUGCAGCUCAUCGUACGCUCGCACGAGUGCAAGCAGGACGGCUACGAGUUCUGCCACAACCGCAAGGUCCUGACGCUCUUCUCGGCCUCCAAUUACUACGACGUGGGGAGCAACCGAGGGGCCUACGUGAAGCUGGGGCCCGACCUGCUGCCUUACGUGGUGCAGUACCAGGCCAGCAGCAUGACCAGAGAGCUCACGGCCCAACAAAGCGUCGGGCAGACGGAGCGCUCCGCCCUCAAAGUCCUUCGGGAGCAGCUCUUUUCCCACAAGUCGGACCUCGUUUGGGCCUUCAAAGCGUUUGACUCCGACGACACGGGUCUGCUUUCGGUGACGGACUGGGCGACGGCGGUGGAGAGCGUGAUGCGACUGGGCCUUCCCUGGCGGAUGCUGCGCUCUCAGCUGGUCGGCGGCAAGAGCGGCGACGGCCUCAUCGACUACCGGCGCUGGUUCGACGAGCUCGCCAUCAAAGGGGCCGACGCUGACCAUAUCGACCAGUGUCUGCUUGAGACCUUGUACCGCCAUCGCUCCACCUUGGAGACCAUCUUCAGGAUCGUCGACACCAAUAACUCAGGUUUCAUCUCACCCUCGGACUUCCGUCAGACGUGGAAGCUACUGAGCGUGUACCUGAAAAUGGAGAUCACGGACGAGGCCAUCUCAGAACUGGCGGUGGCCAUCGACAGCAACCGUGACGGCGCCAUCGACAUUGACGAGUUCAUGGAAGCCUUCCGCCUCACCGACAAGAAGAGUCGGCUGGAGAGGGGGCGCAGCAUGUUCAUGGCCACCGCGCCCGAUCUUGCCGCGCUCGACCCAGACGAACGCGUGUGACCGACCGCAUGUGUGCAGCUCACGGCUUGUCAAGGAUUGAAGUCAAAAUUUGAGGUGCAGGCCAGAGGAAAAACAAAACUUUUAAAACUAAAAUUACACAGAUCGGAGGGGGGAAAAAACAUUUUGGAAAAUUGCAGUGCAGCUUCGGUUUACUCACAGGUCAGGUAUUCCCUAAUUCACCUAUUUGCGUGUUUUUGGGGGAAUCCUAUCCAUCCCCCAUGGCUCGUUGAAAACCCCUGCUGAUUUGUGGGGUUGUUUGUUUCGUGUCAGGGUUGUCCUAUGGAAUCACAGAUGCUCUCAAUCACGCAUGAAGCACGCAUUAAAACAGAACACAACCAGAGUCAGAACUUGUCUUUUGCAAAAGGGGAAGCAGUCGCUCUGAGCCCGCACUGUGCCACGGGUAUGUGGCAGUAUUUUCCAUUUCAUUUUUAUCGUUUCUAAUCAGCAAGGGUGUCACCAUCUUCAAAAAGUUAGAACAACCAAUGUGUUUACAUAUAUGUAUAUAUAAUAUAUACAUGAAAAAUGUGUUCUUUUGAAAAUUUUGCAGUGACCCUGCCAUACACAAAUUUUCACUAAUUGUGCAACUGAACAAUUGUGAAAUCCAAACUGUUUGUGCCCACCUACUGUAUGCAUUCACUGUACUCGCACGCUCAAUCAAAUCACAUUUGCUGUUAAAUCUGCUGCCUAAAAAGUCAAACGUCUCAAUUUAUUCUUGAGUUAUACAAGAUACAACCUGGACUGUGAUUGGCUCCCGGGUCAUGUCGUCGUAUCUCCUUUUGAUUCAAAAAAGAUCAAGUGUUCUUUCAACCCUGCACGCUCAUUGUGAACAUUGGAAAAUGUGAAAGGAAAAAAAAAGUUGAAUGUGGACAAGCGCUGUUUGAAUGAUAUGUUACCAAGUGUAUGUGUAUGUGUACCCUUGAAUUUAUAAUGAUUUUUUUAGGCACUAAAUGUAAAGGAAAUGCACAAAAGUAUGCACACGGUGCCUUAGUUAGCAGUAUUUGAAUGUGCAGUAUUCGGUCGCGUCACCGCACGUUCUCGGCAAUUGGAGUCUGGAGGGAGCUCUUUGUCACCGUGCCAAGCAGUUCCUCCUGGACCACAAGAGGGAAAGCAACAAACCAUGUCAUUCGCCCACGCCUUGCUUGUGCUUUAACCACCGAGCUAAUGGCCAACGUGGAUGGAAGCGCACCGAAUGGUUACGUGGCUCAUGGGUAUAUCAAAUAAUCAAUUCUGUUGCUUUGAUGUGUUUCAAUGUGAAGAAAAGGUCAGAAAGUUGGUGUAGUCUGCCAUUCACAUUGUAUUGAAUGAAAUAGUUGAUCAAAGCCCCAGUACUCUGGGGUUGCCGGCCAUCUCCUUUAGCGCCUUCCGGUUGGCGUUGUCAUCAUCGUCUCUGCGCGUUAUCGGCAGAUGUAAGCAUCUCUAGUCGGCUUGUUUUCUUUGUCAUUUUCAAAUGAGUUUUCACUGGUUCCGUCUGGCUUUGGAUGAGCGCGUGGUGGAGCUAGCGAAUGGUUACGUAGCUAAUGUGGAUGUCAAAUAAUUUUUGUUGCUUUGAUGUGUUUAAAUGCGAAGAAAAAGUUGGUGUACUGCGCCAUUACCUUGGGUUUUUGGAUAUGUAUCCAAGCACCUGGCACUC